GAUGAUGGACAGGACGGGGUUGAAAUUCCCCACAUUUACCGAGCUGUCAGAUUUGGUGGUGGUGGAAAACGUCACUGCUCUAGUACGCCAAGACUUUUAUCCCUCCUCCAACUCGGCUUAGUCACAAGUAUCAACCAGAGAAGGAUGAAAGUUACCGACAACCUUCAACUGUAUAUUUCAUAAAAUCCAGAUUGUCAUUUAAUAACUGGGACUCUACGUGCCUUGUCUAGGUAUUCUUGAAAGAGCCUAGGAAUUACGUCGAUUUUUAGGACUGAUGACCACUCCGGAUCUCUGUAUCUUUUGGGUAUUGCCUCACACCGGAGACAAGCCAGAUGGGCGACUCGAGCUCUGCUCCAGAUAGCGAACCGCUAGACCCAAACCCCGCGGGGAAGCUCCCUGAGGUGAUCAGCAUCGUUAACAAUGGGGACCUAAUCCUAGAUGUGAUUUUCGAAAACUCCAAAGACACGAUUCGGUCUACGCGGGUUGCCCAAUCGAAACUACCAAGUCUGGAACCGCAGCUCGCGCCGAAGAAGAAGGCUCGUUUAGCUUUUCGCGUUAACCUUCAAGUACUCAAAAGCCAGUCGAAGUACUUUGAAAGGCUUCUUACCGAUAGCCGCUUCAAAGAGGCGAAGGACAUAUCCACCGCUUUCGCCUCGCUUAAGUUGAAAAAUAUUAAGCCCGAAACUGCUGAGGUUAAUGAGCUCCCCUGGAUCGAAAUCCGUGACGAUGAUCAAGCCACGCAAUACGCACAUCGUGAAGGCGCGUUAUCCGACCUUCUGCGAAUUCUCCAUGGCAAGGAAGUAGCCACAAAACAGAUCACGAUGUCGUUUGUGACUACGCUGGCUGUCCUAGCCGAUCGUUUCGACUGUGCGCCUGCAGUAUCGAAAUGUCUCGUUGGUGGCUUGAAGUUUAAGUGGCCCGUGACUAAUCGCAAACCUCUGAAAGAUGAGGUUUCUGUCAUGAGCCGUAAUAAUGAAGAUAUCCUGCGCCAGAAGAUUCUUGUAUCAUGGCUAUUAGGUCAACCCGCUAGGCUCCAAGCCGCUACAAAGGAGAUUGUUAUGAAUGGCUCUUGCCGAUGGAGCCCUUUUGCUGAGGAUGAUGGGGCCUCGGAUGCUACGUGGUGGUAUUUACAGGAUGGCCUUGAGCAAGAGCUGCAGUAUCGGCGACAGUGUAUCUUGAACACGAUAGCCUCGAUUCAGAGGCAUUUCCUCAAGUUAUAUACGUCACGUACGCGCCAAUGCAAACUAGGUUACGAUUCAAGUGCCGCCUGUGACUCGUAUCAGCUGGGCGAGAUGUUCAAGUUCCUCACGAACAAAAAUCUUUUGUUCCUUGUUGAUUUUUCACCCGGGUCUCUCGAUUCUAUCGCGGAUACUUCACUGCUACAAAUCGAGACCGUCAUCUCCACCCUAAGACAGUGCCCGAGCUAUCAGAUAGACAAGAACCACACCAACUGCGGGCUUCGAACAAGGAUUCUAUCUAUACUAGACUUCAUACAAGGUCUACUAUCAGCUACUUCCAUUCCAAUCAACAGAAAUCUUUGGAAGGCCAAUCGUCAGUCGGUUGCGUGGUUACCUCCUGAGGGCGAGGCCAAGAAACCGGUUGAAACAGAGCCGUUCCGCUUCACACGGUCACUAGCAGGGGACCAGCGGCUCCGUUUCGAGAAUGCAUUGGGUGCGGAAAAGUUUGCCAAGGACGUCUUCACAGCAUCAAGUUGGGAUUGGACAGCGGAAGACCAAGUACAAGACCUUCCGUCCACAACUCCACGGUGGAGCUUGAAGUAAGCUGGAAGAUGUCGCAAGGUAUUAAAGAUGAAGGAGUAUGAAGGAAAGAUAUUAGAAUAGGUUCGAAAGGUUCGAAAGGUUCUCUCGUACCUCACCAUAGGAUCAGCAGUAAAGUCUAUCAUCCCACCGACCACCAUUGUAGAAAGGACUUGGAUUGAUGUCUGUACCCAAAUAUAUGGUUGCAAGGUAUAUCAAGAUUUCCCAGGUACCGGUUCAACUAUGCGUGAAGUCUAUCUCGAGA